CGGCGGCCGGCGGACUCGCUGCUCCCGGCGGGCCCGGCCCGGGCUGGGGGGGGGACGCGGCGGUGGCGGGGCCCGACCCGCUCCCGGUCCCCGAGCCCGAGCCGGGACCCGGCGGGCCGGGCAGGGGACGGGCCGGGCCGGGCUGGCAACGGGGGCCCGGGCUUCAGCUCCCGGACGGCGGAGCUGGGCAGCGCCUCAGGUGGAAGAUGGGACAGUUUCCCUUGUGUUUUAGGUGACUCUGACACCUGGUUACCAUGAAGUCCCCAAGGAGAUAGAGGGACAAUAGUGAGAAUUUCUUCUCACUCCUCCAAAAAAAUCCAACAGUUGCCUAAUGGGAUUACCUCUUAUGCUGACGUCAUGGGGAGCUGCUGCAGUUGUCUGUGCAGAGACAGCAUCCCAGACAACCAUCCCACCAAAUUUAAGGUAACGAACGUGGAUGAUGAAGGUAACGAGCUGGGAUCUGGGAUUAUGGAGCUGACACAGACGGAGCUCAUCUUGCACACUCACAAGCGAGAUGCUGUCAGGUGGCCCUACCUCUGCUUGCGCCGCUACGGCUACGACUCCAACCUCUUCUCCUUCGAGAGCGGUCGUCGCUGCCAGACGGGGCAGGGGAUUUUUGCCUUCAAGUGUUCCAGAGCAGAGGAGAUCUUUAAUCUGCUUCAGGACCUGAUGCAGUGUAACAGUAUCAACGUGGUGGAAGAGCCUGUUGUCAUCACCAGGAACAGUCACCCCACGGAGCGGGAGCUCUCCCGGACCCCCCAGGCACCCAACAGUUUGGGGUACACUGUCCCAGGAUUUCCCAAUGGAUUUCACAGCUUCCCUGGAGAAACCCUAUCGUACUCCGCGGCGCGCCACCCUUCCGUGAGCAGCCUGAGGCAUUCCUCUGUGGGUGAAGACUCCACGCACGCCCUUAUUGGGCCUGAUGAGCAGUCCCACACCUACGUCAACACGGCCAAUGGUGAUCAGGAGCUGAGGGGCCGACAUUGUAUGCACUCCUUGCCUGAAGUCCACCCUCCUUUCCCCCAUAGGAACCACAGCUGCUCCCUCGAAGACCGCAACCCCCAGGUCUUUCUGCAGCCAGGGGAGGUUAAGUUCGUGUUAGGUCCCGCGUCCAACUACAGACGCGUCUGUCGGCACCAGCGGGAGUGCAGGACGCGCUUCUGCCCCCCCAACAACAACAACAACGAGUGCGAGGAGGAGUGUCCUUCACCCCAGUGCGUCUACGAGAACGUCAACGGCUUGCUGCCCCCCGGCACCUCCUCUCUCUGCCGAGGCGGGCGCUUGAAACUCACCCGGGAGGACACGGGCUUCCCCGCCUGCUCCCAUCGCAGAACGGCGCUGCUGCACUACGAGAACUUGCCGUCGCUGCCGCCGGUGUGGGAGUGCCAGCCGCUGCGGCGGGGCGAGGAGGACGGGGGCGCUGGGGACGUGCUGACGCCUUCUCCCAACGGCUGCUCCGAGGCUGGCGAAGAAGAGCCCCUGCAGAACUACGUGAACUCGGAGAACACGGCGCUGCACGGGGGCAGCGGCCAGCGGCGCAGCGGCUUCCUGCCGAAGCCUCGCCGCAGCUGCGUGCCCAGCGUCUUCAGCUUCGACUUCCCCCGGCCCUGUCCAGAGCAGCCGCGGCAGCUCAACUACAUCCAGGUGGAGCUGGAGGCUGAGCCGUGCAAGGGACGUCAGAACCCACCGCUCCCCCGUGUCCCACCUCCUGCCACCCACGAAGCCCGCCGGACGGACUCCUACGCGGUCAUUGACCUAAAAAAGACAGCGGCCAUGUCCAGUUUGCAAAGGGCCCUGCCGAGAGAUGAUGGGACUUCGCGGAAAACUCGACAUAACAGCACUGACCUGCCUCUGUGAGGGGGAACGCCAAGUGCAAGCACUGUGUCGUGGCUUUGGUACCUGCCCUUCAGUGUAUUGCCCGGUGUGACUUCCGUUCGCCAUUGCCUUCUGCUUCCCUGUUUGCCCCAUUACCUGGUGUCAUGGGAUCGCUCCUACAGCUAAUGUUAAGGCUAGUCUGUCUGUCCGUCUUCCCCUCUCCGUCUCUCCCGUGUAGUUCGUUUUUAAAGCCUUGUGGGAUAUCUGACGACGCUGUUUGCAGGUUAAAUUUCUGGUAAGAGGGGCAGAAGGUGCCAGCAAUAGUACCAGCACUGUGUGGAUAUCGCCUUGAAUCGGGUUAGCUCUACUGAUUGCCCGGCAGCCCCGAGGGCAGUGCCAGCAGCCUGGCUGCAGGGGCAGGGCAGUAGCAUGGUGGAGGCGUGUCUCCAAAAGCGAGUUGCUUAAGGAGCUCCACUGCAAAUCCAGCCCGUUUCCCAUGGAUUUUCCUGCCUUGCGACUCCAGGCGAGCUCUGCAGCCGGGCCACUCCAAAGUUCGGUUUUGCUUUGGUGUUUCGCUGAUCCCUCAUGACUCGGGGAACUCACACUGCGGUCUUUUCCCCCUCAGCUCGCUCCUUUCUCCUAUUUUCUUGAAGCUCAUAGAAGCUUUUUAUACUUCUGUCCCUUUCUCAGAUUCGAUUUAAAUUGGGUGACUCUAGAAAUUAAUGGAAGAGGACAGACAGCCAUGGGCACAGACACUGUGAUCACAUAAACUCAAUUUCCUGAAGAGACCCUGCUUUAAAAGAGGAGGUGAAGACCGCAGCUAUGAGAGAGAUUUGAGGUUUGGUAUAGAAAACUUCAAUUAUACCAUAUCCUGUUUUGGCUUUUAAGGGUCCUCUCUGGUGGCUGCUCAGAAGUGUUGUUGAUUUAUUUAUUUGUUUACUUAUUUAUUUAUUAAAUGUUCUUUUGCGUCCCAUGGUAAUUGCCAAAACUGGUGCCAAUAUGAAAUGUGUACUCGCUGUGGGUCACGUCCUCUGUCUGGAGGACAGAUCUCGGAAGAGGUUGGUGGCUUUGCUGAGCUGCAGUUGGGGAAAAGAGCCGCUGUGAAUCAAAAAAUUUUUGACUGGGACUGACUGUCACAGGGUGGGUGGGAAAUGCUGCAGGAGACGUGGGAGUGUGAGCAGAGCUGCCAGGCAGCCGAGCUUGGAGUUGUAUCAAAGUCGUUGCCUACACCCACGUGCCUGGCUGGGUCCAUGAGAAAUACUUGAUCAGUGCUUUGAGUGAAUGUGCAGUUUGUCUCCUACGACUACAGACUUGGAAGGGCUAAAUUUUGGCUCUCGGGUAAAUUUGAGGCCUUUGAUGUGGAAUUUUCUCUUGAUACCAGGGCUGAGUCUAAGCUGAGCUGUCAGGCCUCUGUGUGAGGUCCUGUGUAGGGUCUCUGCUCCUCUUCCUUUGCAAGAUGUUCCACCACCCCUCUCCACAUGGUCACAUGCUGCAGCUUAAUCCCUCCCUGGAUUACUUGUUGCCACUGUAAGCUGUUUCCAUGAGGCAUAAGUGCUCUGGGUUACUCUGAAGUCCCAGCUUUCCACUGUUUUUUUUCUUCACCUUCCUCCCUGGGAUAGGAGUUGAGCAAUCCAGCGCUCUGCGAGGUGUCCUGCUGCCAGCAGAGGCAUUGCCAAACCUUGCUGUGUUCUCCUUGCCCCUAAUGUUUUCCGAUGUCGAAGUGAGUGAGCUUCUGGUGUGAAAGAGGAGAGAACCCGAUCGUCCAGCUGCAGCCUGCUUCUGCGGUCCAGAAAAUUUGAUUUCCAGAUUUUUGAAGUUUCACCUUUUUGAUUUUGGUGUGUAAUGUCAUAUUGAAAUGUGACUCUUUGGGGAGCAAGGACAUGUGCCAUGCAGUUCAGAAAAAGUGAUAAAAGUAUGAGGAAUGCCACACUUGUGUUGGCAGAACAUGGAUUUCUUGGCUUGCUGUUGCACUAUAAAUUGAAAAUGCACCACAUGCUUAAAUUCACUGAGGUUUUUUUAAGGGGGGGAAGUCCUUGUGCUUGUUUUCCUUUCUUUUCUCCACCCCAACCCUUGUGUGAUCUAUAACUGAAAGGAAACCCAAGUAAUAUAUUUUUAUAUGUAUAGCAAAUGACUUCAUUUGAAGGAAAAAAAGAAAAGACAAGUAAUAUAUCCCCCUAAAUCUAGCUUCCAUUUAGGGAAGUGAGAGAAGAAAUUGUUUUUAUUUAUAUAUACAUAUAUAUAGGUUAACUGCAUUAAGCUUUAAAAAAACUAUUUCAAUAAAGAGUUUCUAAGCUGUAAGUGUCCCCUCCUGGGACAGCACUAGCAACUUCCACAGGGCAGCACUGGGCAGUGCUCUGGGAGCCUCUCUAUGAACCUGCCUUUCCACGGCGUGAGCUGAGGAUUGCAAAAUACUUACUCCCCUCUUCCCCCUAGAAAGCGAAAAAAAGAUGAAAUGUUUUACAUUUACCUGGAGGAGGCCGAGGGCCCUUUCCCACCCGCACGGGAGGUUUGCAGGUUGGUUUGAACACAAGGGAAGGUGCUGUUGGGUGGCAGCUCGUCUCCGCUGGGUGGGAUGAGGCUGGUGUGAGGGUCUGUGGAUACUGUGAGCUCCAGGGCCAGCACGUCGGUGCUGGUGGCUCCUCAGAAGGGCUGGGCUCCCAGUGAGCCCCAGCUGCGAUCCCGUUGAGGUGGCUCUAAAUCAGCUUUGCUUUGGGGAAGCUGGCUUGGACCUUCUGAACUGCUGACUUUCGUCUCCUCCAGACAAACUGGGCUGUCCGACUCGUGCCUCCCUUUCCUCUUCGGUGAAUCUGCUGCUCCCCUCCCUCCCAAGGAGACCGCUGUGCCGUAGCUGUCUGCUCACAUAGCAGAUAUAUUAUCGCUGUUCCCUGACGGCAUCCUUUAUCCCAUUCACGGUGGAGGACGCUGCGCUUAUUCAAACGAGAAGGAGGAUUUCCUUGACCUUAAAGAUGAGAAAACUUAGGGCUGGUGCUGGCUGUAUCUGCUGCUUUCAGUGCACGGUGAUCCGGCGGGUGCUGGCUCAGCAGGCUUUGCUCGGGCGCUGUUGCAAACUCCCCAGAAAGCUUCGGGAGUGAAAAGCCGGUCACAGCUCAUUGUUUGCUGGGGGUUUGUUUAAUGUUUAAGCAAUUACAUGGGAAAUGCCAUGCAGGCAGCCAGGAAAUCAGUUGUCGUUUAUGGCUUUCAGGGGGCACAUCAGGUUCGCGUCCCAGUGAUUUUCUUGCUUUUUUGCUUGACUGGAAAACUUCACAAGAGCAAUGUCUGCCUUAAGUAGCCAGGACCCUUUGAGAACUUUUUAAUAUUCAGUUUUGCGGGUGGUGUGAAGGUGCAAGGAACAACCGGAGACGCGUUUGAACACUGAGGCGGUAGUUCUUGGGGCACAAGUGUCACUAUUUCGGAUUUCUCCCUGCGGUACAGCCCGAGCGGUGCUUGCCAGUGUCACAGCUUCCUCUAGUGGUCGCGCCUGAAAUGGUUUCGGAGGAGAAACCAGGACUGGGUUGAAAGGUGAGGACAUCUGAGUUGGCAUUUUCUCAUUCCUUCAGUUCUUUGAUUUUGGUGAUGGGCAGGAGGGAUCCCUUCUGAUAACUCUCUGGAGUCUUUCCUUAUUACUGUUUUCUUUUGGUUGAGAAUCUCGUUUAUGAAGUGUGUUGUAUCUUUAUGGCACCUGGUAAGGGUGGAUCUUACAGAUUUUUGCUCUGAGCUUUACAUGCAAUUUUGCUGGACUCUCCCAAUGGGUGGGAUAGCUCACCCUUUGUGGCUGCAUCCGUAAAUCUGGUUUUGAGUUAAGAAGGAUUCAUCCAGGGCUUUGUGCAUCCCACUGUUGCCACACAGGUGACCAGGAGGAAACAAACAAGCACGUGUACCUCUGAAACCUGGCCUGGAGUCAGUCCCUGAAGCUGAGUUGAAGCUGUGAGAUCUCUCCUUUUCCCUGGCUUGCUUCUGCAAGGCGGGUGGUUCGCCUCCAUGUUUUGUCUGUGAGCUGGUAACUUGGAAAAAGGAGCCGUGUUCAGUCAGCUGUUGCAUUUGCUGAGACUUUGAUUCUGAAAAAAGGGUUUAGGCAGCAAAAUGAAGCUAGCCUGGGUAAUGGCUAGGACCUGGCAGCGUGAGCUGAGCUGUUGGUUUCCGCACUUGGCUGCGGAGAAGGUUUGUGUAGCCCUCGCUGGGGACUGCGUUGUGUCUUUGCUGGUCUCCUUCCUCUGCUCGUGAGAUUGAAGUUUGCGGGAUGACUUGGUAAGCAGCCAUGUGCUAUGCAGAGAGAAUUUGACUGUCUUAACCUUUUUAAGUGGUUCUUGUUUGAGUUUUGAGUUAAUCAAUCAGACUUCUUCCCCUGAUAUUUCUUACCUGGUGAAUGCAUAAGUAGAUCUUUUACCCUUCCCUUUCCCAAGAACCUGUUGGUCGGAAUAUAGCUUCUCCCAGAGCUCGUUGUCUUUUAUCGUGGGAGGGUUUUUUGAUUUGUUUUUUCUCUUAAUCCAUUUUAUGUGCUUGCUUUUCCCCCAGGGAAGGAGGUUGAAAUAUCUGUGAGCUGUACCUGCCUUACAGGGAGAGGAUGGCAAAGGAGAGGCUGGAUUGUGAGGCUUAAAGGAUCAAUAUUUCUGCAAAGAGACUUGAAUGUGUUAGCUAUUGCUGAAGUAUUGUUGUUUUUAUUACCUAAGCCAUGCUGUUCACUGGGAGAAAAACUAAACCAUGGCUUGGUAUUACAGCUGUCUGUUUUCUCAGCCAUUUUCUCCCAAAGUCUUUCCUGUGUCCCUCCAUGUGAUGCUGCUCAGCCCUCUCGGGUGGUAUCUUGACUGUGAAGUAUCAUUAACAAAUGAUCGUUAAUGAGCACAUUGCCUAAAUUCAGCUUCCGGGAGGGCUGCCAUCAGUCUUUCUGGGAAGUUUGUCUUUCCCUCAAACUUGGCUCAUCUUGAAAUGCCACCCAUAGGUAGCAGAACAGGUUUAGAUUCCUGUUACCGAACAGGACCAAAGGUGAAUACAUUAGUGGAAAUCCUUGAGAGCUUUGAAGUUGGCAAUUACAGGCCAGGGUAUGGAAAAGGCUAAUUGUAAAGAAGGGAUCUAAUUUGUUUUUCUUCCAUAAGUGAAUGUGAUUUUACAGUUGAAAGGCCCAGAUGCAUCUGUGUUAUCUCAAGCUCUCCUCCCAUGCAAUUCUCCUUGUUGUUACUUGUACCAGUGUCUUUGAUACUGAACAUUUCUGAUAUGGCAGAAAAACAAAGGUGCUUCGGGGCUCUGGCCACCGGGGAUUCAGUUGCUCUGUCUGGAGGGGUUGAUCUCGCUGUGUAAUUGCUUCUUCAGGUUAUUUCUAUGGAUAUCCAUUCAGUCCCUCUUUAUAUCUCAUCCGGGUGUAACCUUACAGGUGAAGAACAGCAGCAGUGCUCUGUGACCUGAGGAGUGCUCAUGUCUUACAUUAAUGUGCACUACGAAUGUAUACAGAAUAAAUGGAAUAUGAUGAUUA